CCUGCUGCUUCCCAAACGCCAGAGGGAUGCGGGCGGCAGAGCGCGAGAGGCGGCGGCUGGGCUGCGGGGCGCUGUGACUGUCCCUCCACCCAAUCUAGUCGCGCGCCUCUCUUCUGCCCGCUGGCUGCCUCCUCUCUGCCCCCCUGGUUUCUGUCUCCUGCUUUACCCCAGCCCCGUUCCUUAUGGCAGCAGCUCCCCGCUUCUGGGGCGAAGCUUCUCAGCGGACUAUCCUCUUGCUCCCCUGGCUGAGCAGGGUCACUGGAUGUUGCUGAAACUCCUGAGAUCAUGCGCUCCUUUGGCCUCAGCCUCACUGCCGGCUGUCCCUGCCGCCACCUCCUCCUCUGUUGCCGUGCUCCGCGGGAUGCUGAGUAGCCCGCUGCGUGGCCCCUGCGAUCCCGUGUUCUUCAGAAGCCUUUGGUUGCUGCAGAGUUGCGCGAAGUAGUCAUGGUGCUGUGGGAGUCCCCGCGGCAGUGCAGCAGCUGGACACUUUGCGAGGGUUUCUGCUGGUUGCUACUGCUGCCGGUGACGCUGCUUAUCAUAGCCCGUCCGGUGAAACUCGCUGCUUUCCCUACCUCCUUAAGUGACUGCCAAACGCCCACCGGUUGGAACUGCUCCGGUUAUGAUGACAGAGAAAAUGAUCUCUUCCUGUGUGACACCAACACCUGUAAAUUUGACGGGGAAUGUUUAAGGAUUGGAGACACUGUGACUUGCGUCUGUCAGUUCAAGUGCAACAGUGACUAUGUGCCUGUGUGCGGCUCCAAUGGAGAGAGCUACCAGAAUGAGUGCUACCUGAGGCAGGCUGCCUGCAAGCAGCAGAGUGAGAUACUUGUGGUCUCAGAAGGAUCCUGUGCCACAGAUGCAGGAUCGGGAUCUGGAGACGGAGUCCAUGAAGGCUCUGGAGAAAGCAGUCAGAAGGAAACCUCUACCUGUGACAUUUGCCAGUUUGGUGCAGAGUGUGACGAAGAUGCUGAGGACGUCUGGUGUGUGUGCAACAUUGACUGUUCUCAAACCAACUUCAACCCCCUCUGCGCUUCCGAUGGGAAAUCUUAUGAUAAUGCGUGUCAAAUCAAAGAAGCGUCAUGUCAGAAACAGGAGAAAAUUGAAGUCAUGUCUCUGGGUCGAUGUCAAGAUAACACAACGACAACCACUAAAUCUGAAGAUGGGCAUUAUGCAAGAACAGAUUAUGCAGAGAAUGCUAACAAAUUAGAAGAAAGUGCCAGAGAACACCACAUACCUUGUCCAGAACAUUACAACGGGUUCUGCAUGCAUGGGAAAUGUGAACACUCCAUCAAUAUGCAGGAGCCAUCUUGCAGAUGUGAUGCUGGUUAUACUGGCCAACACUGUGAAAAAAAGGACUACAGUGUUCUCUACGUUGUUCCUGGUCCUGUGCGAUUUCAGUAUGUCUUGAUUGCAGCUGUCAUUGGGACAAUUCAGAUUGCUGUCAUAUGUGUGGUGGUCCUCUGCAUCACAAGAAACGAGUGAUGCUGCUGCAACUUAUCACUUACAACAGUGAAGUCACCGAAUUGAUGUUUAUGUUCAGAACAGAGCAGUUGACACAGAAACAAAUACGCUUAAAACCAUCUGCACCAUCAUGGCUUCUUCCUCAAAGAAGAAUAGAGUUGUUGCAGUUCAGCCUUGCCGAGACGCUCACACCUGUGGGGCACAGAAGACAGACUACUAUUUGAGAAAAAUGAGCAGCUGAGGCUUGCUCCAUCUGAACCUUGGUCACAGAAAAGAAGGGAAGGAAAAGAACAUGAUUGUGUGAAAACCACAGCUUCCUAGGAAUCUCCAUGUCUGUUCCACCCUUGUUUCUGGACCUCUGUCUUCCAGACUGCCCAUUUGGCUCCCUGCCUUGCUGUCCACCUCUCUUUACAGCCUCUUUGUGUUACACAGCUUCUCCAUCUGUUGCUGGUUUCCAACCUGAUGCUUAGGAACCCCCAGAAUGCUGUAUGCUGAAUUGCGUGGGAGUGGUACCUUUCAUGGCUGUUGGAGCUGAUAAAGGCAGGCAGCUGGGUGGGAGGAAAGUUGGAUGGCAGGCUUUGCUGCAGCCACAUGCCAUGCUUAGCAGGGCUGGCUGUCAGCGGGGAGCUGAUAUCUGAUCUGGGGAGUUGCUAGAACACAAGAUGUAGGAAGCUUUCUACCAUGCUGUUCCAGGGAGAAGGUGAAGAGGGGAUCUCCCUGUUAAUGGUAAUGUAUUGUAUUGAAUGAGUUCUUUCUCUUAGCUUGACUGAGGUAAACGAUGCUAGGCAAUUCAAUAAGUUCCACUCUGCCUGAUUUUCCUAAUGCAGAGAUAUUCAUAUCCUAACCCCAUGGGGGAGAAAAGAGAUGUUUCUUUGUGGCCUGCCCCAGCACAAACAUUCUAAUGUAGUUAAUCAGCAUUCAUAGAGCCAUUAGCAGGCAAUGAUAAUUAUUGUAAUGGUUAACAUUAACUGAGCACCUGGUCCCAGAAAUUACUGGCGUUUGGUGCUUUACAAGGUUGCUCUGCCAAACAACUUCUAAUUGUCCUCCAAGCCACUCCCUCCAGUCCUCAGCCUGCCCUGAAGUUGCUCUCUGUUUGGGGAAGCUGACCACUCUGUACUGCAUCUUCAGCCCUCUUUUAGCUUUUCAGCUCGUAAGUAAACUCAGUUUACACAUAUUUCACCUCAGGUAGAGAGCUGAGAGGACAAACCAAGCAGGGAUAUUACUCUCACUCUGCCCUGUCACAGCAAGUUGGCUGUGUCUUGUCAAAACCUCUAACCAGUAACAGAUACUUUAUUAAUCCCCUUUGUGCCUACGGUGAGUGUUCUCGAUCCCAGACCCUUGCCUAUCCCCUUAACACUGCCUUUACCUCUGAAAGAAUCCCUUUACUAAUCCUGCCCAGUCACUCCACCAUAUGCACCAUCUACUCCAGCAGAUACUUACCCUUUAGCAGGUGUGGAAAUUAUGCUUUAGAACGUGCCCCAAGUUACAGAUUGAGUAAACACAUGGCCAAAGUAAAAAUUCAUUUUUCUAACUCUGUACUACUCUUCCACAUGCCCAGGCUGAUCAAGUCUAACUUCAUAAUAAGUAUUACCGCCUGUCUCUUGUCCUUAUCACCCUGAAACCCAAACUCUUUCUUAGACUAUUACAGUUCUAUCUUAUUAAGAAGAUUUGCAUAGUUUUGGAUAACAAAAUAAUUGAAGUUUCACAACAACAAAAAGACAAGGAAUCUAAGGUUGUCAUGGCAGGACAAGAAUCCUCUUGAUUCCUUCUACCUGCUGUUAAUGCCCGUGUGUCAGCCUGCCCUUAACUGGUGGUUACACAUAUUGAUUUCUAAUGAAUAAAACAUGUCAGGAUUGAGUUUAAAAA